AAGCCGGGCAGGAGCCUGAAAACAAAAACUGCGCACGCGCGGAGGUUCGGCCCGGGCAUUUUGCUGCGUCACCAGCCGCCGCCUGGCCUCACCACCCCUCGCUCGCGCGCACGCACGUUCAUUCUCCGUCCUCGCGCCGGUUUUCCUACACUUUCCUCUUGUCCGCGACCAAGGAGCCGCUCUCUGCGCGCGGUGCAUUGUGGGAAGCCAGGUCGAGCCCGCCGUCGCCGUCGCCUGUGGGGAGCGAGCAGAGGCCGCGACCGGGGAAACAACGCCGAGUCGCCACCGGAGAGGAGUCGACUCCCCAGCAGACGCCGCUAGAGGCCCGCCCACCCGCUCGCCCGUCCCCCUACCCUGUUCACGAUGCAGCCUGCUUCUGCAAAGUGGUAUGAUCGAAGGGACUAUGUCUUCAUUGAAUUUUGUGUUGAAGACAGUAAAGAUGUUAAUGUAAAUUUUGAAAAAUCCAAACUUACUUUCAGUUGUCUUGGAGGAAGUGAUAAUUUUAAACAUUUAAAUGAAAUUGAUCUUUUUCACUGUAUUGAUCCAAAUGAUUCCAAGCAUAAAAGAACAGACAGAUCAAUUUUAUGUUGUUUACGAAAAGGAGAAUCUGGCCAGUCAUGGCCUAGGUUAACAAAAGAAAGGGCAAAGCUUAAUUGGCUUAGUGUGGACUUCAAUAAUUGGAAAGACUGGGAGGAUGAUUCCGAUGAAGACAUGUCUAAUUUUGAUCGUUUCUCUGAGAUGAUGAACAACAUGGGUGGAGAUGAGGAUGUAGAUUUACCAGAAGUAGAUGGAGCAGAUGAUGAUUCACAAGACAGUGAUGAUGAAAAAAUGCCAGAUCUGGAGUAAGCAGUGUCAUCAGCUGAAUUUUAAAAAGAAAAUAACUACUUUGCAAGAUUUCAUAAUUGAGAGAAUUCCUGAGUUGAUAGCUCUAAAGGCAGAUACUGUAUUUGCCUCCUUUAACCCAUUUUUCCAACUUUUUUUUUUUUUUUUUUUUUUU